AAAAGCAGCAGAGCUCCUAGAAAUCCCCAAAAGCCUCAGUAUACUCUGCAUUCAGAAAAACCCCCAGAAAUCCCCAAAAUGCCCCGCCGGAAAACACCAACUUCCACCACCACCACCGCUCCCUUCCUCCUCCUCCUCCUCCUCCUUUCGCCGCCGACCAAUGUCCACGGCGCCCAACCCCCAACGACGAGCCCCAUAAAAACGGUGGUGGUCCUGGUGAUGGAGAACCGCUCCUUCGACCACAUGCUGGGGUGGAUGAAGCAGCUGAACCCGGAAAUCAACGGGGCGGACGGGUCGCAAUGGAACCCGCUCAACACCUCCGACCCGGGAUCCAGCAGGCUCUACUUCCGGGACCAGGCCCACUACGUGGAUCCGGAUCCGGGCCACUCGUUCCAGGCCAUCCGGGAGCAGAUAUUCGGGUCCAAUGUUAGCUCCAACAAGGACCCGCCGCCGAUGAACGGGUUCGCCCAGCAGGCUCUCUCCAUGGACCCUUCUGCCAAUAUGUCCAGAGAUGUGAUGAAUGGCUUCCACCCGGACUCCGUCGCCGUCUACAAGGCUCUCGUCUCCGAGUUCGCCGUUUUCGACCGGUGGUUCGCGUCGGUGCCGGCGUCGACGCAGCCGAACCGGCUGUACGUGCACUCCGGUACGUCGCACGGUGCGACGAGCAACAUCCCGGCGCUGCUGGUCAAAGGCUACCCGCAGAGGACCAUCUUCGAGAACAUCGACGACGCCGGCGCCGGCCUGUCGUGGGGGAUCUACUACCAGAACAUCCCGGCGACGCUCUUCUACCGGAACCUCCGCAAGCUCAAGUACGUCUCCAGGUUCCGGCCCUACGACCUGGAGUUCAAGAGCCACGCCAGGCAAGGCAAGCUCCCCAACUACACGGUGGUGGAGCAGCGGUACACCGACCUCAAGACCGCUCCGGCCAACGACGACCACCCUUCCCACGACGUCUACCACGGCCAGAUGUUCGUCAAAGAGGUGUACGAGACGCUGAGGGCGAGCCCGCAGUGGAACGAGACGAUGCUGGUGAUAACGUACGACGAGCACGGCGGGUUCUACGACCACGUGGCGACCCCGGUCCGCGGGGUUCCGAGCCCCGAUGGGAUCGUGGGGCCGGAGCCGUUCAACUUCACGUUCGACCGGCUUGGCGUCAGGGUCCCCACCAUCGUGGUUUCACCUUGGAUCAAUAAGGGCACUGUUGUACAUGGGCCCAACGGCAAGCCCACACCGACGUCAGAAUACGAGCAUUCCUCCAUUCCGGCCACCGUCAAGAACAUCUUCAACUUGCCCUCUUUCCUCACCAAGAGAGACCAAUGGGCCGGCACAUUCGAGUCCAUUGUCCAGUCCAGAGCCCAGCCCAGAACCGAUUGUCCACUGCAGCUGCCGACUCCGACAAGGAUCAGACAGACCGAGGCCAAUGAGGAAGCAAAGCUCACUGAGUUCCAGCAGGAGAUGCUGCAGCUUGCUGCAGUGCUCAAGGGCGACAACGUGCUUUCGAGCUACCCUAACGAGAUCGGGAAGCAGAUGACGGUGAAGGAAGGUACUGCUUAUAUGGAAGACGCAGUGAGAAGGUUCUUUCAGGCUGGUGUUUAUGCUAAGAAGAUGGGAGUUGAUGAAGAACAGAUUGUUCAGAUGAAGCCUUCCUUGACUACUAGAAGAUCGUCGAAACCUGCAUACGAACACCCGUGAUAGACGACUAUAUAUGUGUAGCAGUAGCUGCAGAAAGAUGGAAAAGAAAGGAACUAUGAUGUCAAUAUCUCUCGCUGUAUGUCAGUAAGUACAUUAUCAAAGCUAGUUAUAGCAAUGAAAAUUAUUAAGAUUGGCAACCAGCUGCAUUUCAUUUCUUAAACCCUUCAACUGAAGCAUCUGCAGAACUCUGCAUCUUUAGCUGCAUUCAUCUGACUAAGCAAAAACCGAAUGUCUAUUGCUAUCACGGAAGAUUCACAAUGAGGUACAAGAUGACAUUGUCAUCAAGGGUUUUGAUAGAAUUUCCAGAUUUUGGGGCUUCUUCCUUGACAAUUAGUUCACAUGUGCCAAGAUGGUUGGGGUUUCUUGUCUCUGUACUGCUUUUUUGGUCACUGUAAAUGACUGUCAUGAAUUCUGUCUGUCAUACUGAGGAUAUGGUAACGACUAGUCUGUUCUCUGUACUUCAGUUGUUACUUUCUGCUGGCUCCCAGCCUGGUAUAUUUGCUGUGGCUUCAUUUACCGAUUUUACGAGCCU